UUUGCCAUCAUAGUCUUCUCCACCACUGUUCCUUCCAGUCACGAACGACGCAAACGAAACCAAGUUCCCCCAUCUCGGGACAGGAGCUCUUAUCCUCUAUUACACUCCGGGAGAAGGAAAAGCGGGAGGAAAACCUGGCCUCCAAGCCCGACCCCUCGGCCCUGCCCUUUACCUCUCCACCCCUCAAUACAUAACCUCCCCUCUAGGCGGGGACGAAGCCACAUUCGCCCUGAGAGAGGCGGAGCCUCCGCUUUUACCCCCCGCUCUCGCGAACUUUCAGAACUCUCGCGAGACCCGAAGCCCGACUUGUGCGCCCGGGAAACCCCGUCGCUCCCUUUCCCCUGGCUGGCAGCGCGGAGGCCGCACGAUGCCUGGAGUUACUGUAAAAGACGUGAACCAGCAGGAGUUCGUCAGAGCUCUGGCAGCCUUUCUCAAAAAGUCCGGGAAGCUGAAAGUCCCUGAAUGGGUGGACACCGUCAAGCUGGCUAAGCACAAAGAGCUUGCUCCCUACGAUGAGAACUGGUUCUACACGCGAGCUGCUUCCACAGCGCGACACCUAUACCUCCGGGGUGGCGCUGGGGUUGGCUCCAUGACCAAGAUCUAUGGGGGACGUCAGAGAAAUGGCGUCAUGCCUAGCCACUUCAGCCGAGGCUCCAAGAGCGUGGCCCGCCGGGUCCUCCAAGCCCUGGAGGGGCUGAAAAUGGUGGAAAAGGACCAAGAUGGGGGCCGCAAACUGACACCUCAGGGACAGAGAGAUCUGGACAGAAUCGCCGGACAGGUGAGGCCUGCAUUGGGGCAGGGCCAGAAUUAUUUCCUCCUGGAGGGCACAGCCCACGGUGGAGAAAGCUCUUCCAGGCAGAGGGGCUUGGCAGGCACAUCAUUGCUGGUGAUUGGAUGUUGCUUUCUCACAUGGCAGUGGGACUCCACUCCACCACUCCCUUCUACGUCUGUGAAAUGGGGAAAUACCCAGUGAGAAUUAGAUGAGAUG